AUGAACGUGCACCGCCGCCAGAACAGCAAGCGCAAGGGCGAAGACGCAUCCAAGUUUGUCAACGCGCAGUUGGCGGACUUUGCGGGCGAUCUCUACCUGUUGUGUAAGGACCAGCACGGGUGCCGCUUCCUCCAGCGCCAACUCGACGCGGAUGACGCGGUCGUGGCACUGAUGAUCUUCAACGAGAUCUACCUCCAUAUCGUGGAGUUGAUGACCGAUCCGUUCGGCAACUACCUCAUCCAGAAGUUGUUUGAGAAGGUGUCGGGGGCGCAGCGCGUGAUCCUCGUGAAGAACGCCGCGCCGCAGUUUAUUCGUAUCGCGCUCGACCCGCACGGGACUCGCGCCUUGCAAAAGCUUGUCGAGUGCAUUACCACCGACGAGGAGAGCGCCAUUGUGAUUGCCGCCUUGGCCACUCACAUUGUGUCCUUGUCGCGCGACCUCAACGGGAACCACGUCGUCCAAAAGUGUCUCCAGAAGUUGAAGCCAGCGGACAACCAGUUCAUCUUCGACGCCGCCGCCACCAACUGUAUCGAAAUCGCUACCCACAGACACGGCUGCUGCGUCCUCCAGCGCUGCCUUGACAACGGGUCGCCUGAACAGUGCAAGCAGUUGAGUACCGUCGUCGCCGCGCACUGUCUCCAGUUGUCGCUCGACCCCUUCGGCAACUACGUCGUGCAGUACGUGUUGUUCAAGGGCGACAUGGAAUCUGUCGCGACGAUUGUCAAGGCCAUCCGCAGCGAUAUUGUCAACUUGUCUCUCCACAAGUUUGGCUCCAACGUCAUUGAAAAGUCGUUGAGAUCGGACAAUGGGUUCAUCCCAAGGCAGUUGAUCGAAGAGUUGUUAGAGCACAAACAGGACAUGAGCAAGAUGUUGCACGACGCGUUUGGGAACUACGUGUUGCAGACCAGUUUGGAUGUGUGCAACAAGGAGGACUUUGACAAGUUGUCUGCGAUUUUGAAGCCGUUGUUGCCAAACGUGCGCAACACUCCGCACGGGAGAAGAAUCAGUGCGAGAAUCCAAAACGUCUUGGCCUGA